AUGGCAGCGAAAAUUGAUUUACCUUGUGUACCUCAGUUCGUGAUAGGAGGAGAACUAACAAAUGUAGCCCAAAGAUGGGACGAUUGGAUGAAGAGAUUCAAAUAUUAUAUGGAAGCAUCCGGAGUUACUACUCAGAAACAAAAACGUGCGCUUCUCCUACAUUUAGCAGGACCGGAAGUUCAGGACAUAUAUGAUACUAUUGAACAUACAGGUGAGAAGUUCGAUGAUAUAGUUAAUGAUUUGAAUACCUACUUUGCACCCAGAAAAAACGUUGCUUUCGAAAGACAUAUGUUUCGUCAGGCAUCACAAAAUGAAAAUGAAACAGUUACAAAUUUUGUGACACGAUUGCAAAAACUUGCAAUAUCUUGCGACUUUGGAGUGGCAAAAGAUGACAAUAUCCGUGAUCAGGUCAUCGAUAAAUGCAAAUCAACAGCACUAAGAAGAAGAUUUCUGCGAGAAAAAGAACUCAACUUGAUUAAAGUACUGGAAAUAUCAAGGGCCGUAGAAAUGUCAGAUAGUCAGGCACAGAAAAUGGAAGAAAAUCCAGCUAUUCCACAAGAGGUCAACAAAAUUAACCAACAGAUGAAAUCGAAAAAGUUUCCAAAUUUCGAAAAACCAAAACCAAGUCGUGCAUCGGAACGGAAUGGCAGAGGUCAUGGAACACAACAUUCUGGAUACAAAGGACCCGGAGGGCAACACCAAUUCCCUAGAAACAACCAACGAUGUUACAGAUGCGGAAAUCAAGGUCAUUUUGGUCGUGACUGCAGAAUAACACGGGGAAAAAAGUGCAAUAAAUGUGGAAAUGAAGGUCAUUUUGCAAAAGUGUGCAACACCAAGCGCCUUAAUUGCGUCAACAUUCUAGACGGAGUAACAUUUCGAAACUUGUUUCCAGACAAUAAAGCUUUGAAACACCCAACAUCAGAAAUUUUUGCAUACGGAUCACCAAAACCACUGAAACAACUUGGUAUCAUUACGGCAGAGUUGAAACAUAACGGCGAAUCUAUUCGUACAACUUUCCAUGUAAUUCCCGGAAAAUAUGGAAACUUGAUCAGCAAAACAACAGCUGAGCAAUUAAAACUGAUUAAACUGGAGCAACAUUUCAUCCAAGAGAUAACAAAAGAAGCUUCCACAAUAGUUCAGGAAUACAGUGACCUAUUCGUUGGACUUGGAAAACUUAAGAAAUUUCAACUCAAAUUACAUGUAGACAACACAGUACGACCAGUGGCUCAACCCUUACGCCGUCUGCCAUAUCACAUGCGUGAAGCUGUUGGAAACAAAAUUGAUGAAUUGGAAAAUUUAGAUGUAAUUGAAAAAGUUGAGGGACCGACACCAUGGGUUUCACCUCUUGUUUGCAUACCAAAACCGAAGCAAAACGACGUGCGAAUCUGUGUGGAUAUGCGUCAAGCAAAUAAUGCGAUAAUGCGGGAACGAUUUCCUAUUCCGAAUGUAGAAGAAACACUACAAGAAAUGAAUGGAGCUACCUGUUUCUCAAAACUUGAUCUUAAAUCGGGAUUUCAUUAA